GCAUUCAAAUAGCUUAACCGUCUCAGCCUCAUUUCUACAUUUAUUUUCUACAGUAUUUUCCGGUAACUGCUUCCUAUUUUUGAAGAAGAAAAUGUCUCACAAUUCAGCAGCGACCCGCAAGGCAAAAUCCACCCGUUUGGAGAAUCCGUCGUUGACCCAGGCACAUCGACAGCAAGUCAAGGACUACGGAGUGCCCAAAGAAAAGAUUCCCAAGAUGAGUAACAGCCGACGCACCAGGACCUCCAAGCAUCAGGUCCCGGAACCACCAAAGGACAUCGACCAGCAUAUGAGCCAGUUAUGCAAGCAUUUUGAAGUGGCUCAGGCCUCCAAAAACUCGAUUAGAGUUGCUGGAGGAGGCAAUGCAGCAGUGGCACCCAAAUACCAAAGCAGGGUUAAUCUAAACAAUCAACCAUCCAAGCUUGUGCGACCCUCGGUGACCUCAACUAGUCUUCUCAAGCCGACACCCAAGGAGAUAAAAGAGUUUAGGGAAACCAAAGACAUCGCAAUUGUAAAGGAACCCAGAGAAACACGAGGCUUGAAGGAAGCCAAGGAGUCCAGGGAAGCGCGUGACUAUAGGGAACCCAAAGACUAUAAGGAAGCCAGGGAACCCAGGGACCCAAAGGAACUCAAAGAAUCCAAGGAUCCUAAGGCGAAGGCAGCCGAAAAAUCACCCAGUCAUAGUCACCGUUCUACCCGUUCGAGCACCAAUCGCACCAAGAACUAUUUCGACAAAUACCUCAAAUUUGCCUUUGAUCUGAGCACUCCCGAAGGAGUGCAGAAACUGGAGGACCACUUCUUCCCCAACCAAUCCUUCGGCCAGAGCCAAAAUCCUAGCGGAAAUUCGAACCUGAAGAGAGAGGAAUAAGUCUACCCUGAUUUAUCUGAUUCUAUAUGACCCCAUUAACUAUGUCGAACCUAAAUUUACAAGUUUUUUACAAGGGGACUAUAAAAUUUCAGCAAAAUGUCUUUGAGUUAUGUUGCAAUAUUGUGAAAAUGUUAAUAAAAUUCAACACUUUUGGUUUUCUGCUUAUUA